AGAGACUGUUUUUUUGUAACGGAAGCGGAAAUGCACCUAAGGUUAGAGGUCAGCAAGCCUUAGCAACGAUCUAGACCUUGGAUACCGUUACCACGACAAUAGGUUCCUAACAGCAGAAACCAUCUGCGUAACGGAUGAUUCAAGGUGCCUCUACAUCUAAAAUAAUGAGAUAUGUUUAAAUGCCUGCCUUUCCUGCUAAAUUAAGGUAAAAUAGUUAAGGAAAAAUAGGGAACUUGUCCAACUUUUGUCAGACAGCAAAGUUGGCCUCUGCAGUCAUUCAACAGUCGUGAGCCAGCCUUAGGGAGCAUUUGAAUCUAAAAUUCAUCAUUAUUAUUGAUUAAUGAGAUAGAAGGAGAGAUGCUUGCUCCACAGUGGUCAGAGAAUGAUCGUGUUGGGAAAAUCAGGGAUUCCAUGCUGGCCAAUCCUCUCAUAAUAAAGUCUGAACUUGGCAAAGGAAAGCGAAGUGGUAACCCCCUACCAGGACCUACUCAUGUGUAUGGGACAAUUGAGAGAGUCUAUGAUGGCGGAGUUCCUGCAGCUAUUGGUCACUGGCAUACAAUUAAACCCAGAAAACAGGAAACUCUGCACAAACUCAGACGUGACUUUGCAGCAUUGAAUAAAGCAGCCAUUAAAGCUGGAUUGGUUACUCCACGAGAGAUCUAUCAGUUUAGGGCAACACACAACGUUGGAAUUUUGGGGAAAGAGGUAGAAAAAAAAGAAGGCAUGCUUCCUGAAAUAACUUUUGGAAUGCCAGUACGCCCUAUAACAACAGAGGAAGUUACCAUCACAUGCAGGUGCAGAGAAGAUUGGAUCUGUGAAUCACAGUGGUCUUGGAAGUCCUGGCCCUCAACCCCAAUGUUUGACCUACUGGAGAAUAAAUUCCAGAAGGAAUGGUUAGACGAGCAAAAAGGAAGAGACCAGAUCAAGCAGAAGAAAAAGACCCAUCAGGUCACCCUCGUAAAGAAUUAUCAAACCCGUGCAGCAGUGCUGAGCAAAGCAGUACCAAAAGUGGACCCUGCACCAAUAGUGCAUCCAAAACGCUACCAGAAGAUUGGACCUCACCUAGAUACCUUCCGGAGCAUGGAAGCUCGCCGUGCAGCUUUCGAUGCUAACUGGUUGGAUUCGGCUGCAAGGAGUGGCCCCCAUGGACAUGGUGUCUAUGCCUUUGAAUAAAUCGGAACCUAAAUUAUUAGUUUUCCUUAACUUACAAAUUAAAUAGAGGGAUUGUAAUUGUGCAUAUUUUCAAAUGUUUGAAAUAUGUAGCGAUUUUAAUACAUAACUGGAAUUAAAUUAAUCUUUUAGCCUUUUUGAUUACAUCUGUUGCGUUUCAAGAUGCAACACUAGAUUCAGGAAGAAAACUUACUUCAGUUUAAUGUUCUGUAUGUAGGAAAUUGUUAUUUUCAUCUCUCUGUUUAGAGAAAAUAAAUCGUCAUCUACUAUACAUCAAUGUCCAAGACAAC